AUAGAUACGAACAUAAGUAGCUAAGUAGCGCUGCAACAAGACUAAAGGUGGGUAAGGUGAGGUAUGUUGGUGCUAGUCACCUGUCACCUUUAGCAGAUCGUGCCUGCACACCCCGGUACGGGAAUGCAGUUUCUGGAAAAUGAAAGAAUGCUGCUAGUUCUGCUCUGAGUAGUUUCAGUAGGAAUUUAUGAGUCCUGAGAGAUUUGUUUUGGAAAAAGAAACAAAUUAAGUAAUUGAUACAAAAUUUGCAUAUAAGAAAACGCACUCUGCCUAUAUUCAGACACGAAAAGGACAACCUGACAUGCACAGAACGCAGGUGGUUGAUCAGCUGCUCUUGUUAAAUUAAGAGCAGAAACACCCACCACCGUUUGACUGUGAUACUUGGCUCCAGUCAAUACAUGCAAUGCUGCGCAGGAGGAACAACAUGAUGAUGAGCACGUUACACAAUGAAAAGGAGCUCUUCUAACGCUGCUGUACCUUCAGCUGUUUUCCUGUAUUUUACCAACAGUCUCAGGGACGGGCUCGUAAACCUCAUGGCAAGAGCUCGGUGGUUUGCGGGGUGGCUGGCCCAGCCUCCCUCGGCACCGGUGGGGUGCCGGGGCUGACGGAGGGCUGUGCCCGGUGGCUGCAGCAGCAGCAGGGCUUCCCCCAGCAGAGCCUGCGCCUCGCUCCCCUGGCUGGCUCUGCGGCUUUAGUGGCCAACCUGUGCCCCUGGGAGCGGGAGCACGGCUGCCCUCGCCUCGGCUCUCGGCUCGGUACCCGGCGUGAUGACAGCUCGGCAUGGAUCGACAAUAGACGUGAUGAUGUUUGCAUUUGAUACGCUGUGUCUCACGAACCCAAAAGACUGGAGUCGUUUGAAGAUUAUGUAAAAGUAAAGGUGCAGAUACCCUUUAAAAAGAGUAAUAAUGGGACCAGGCAUUCAAGAAUAUCCCUUAUUACUGCACAGAGAGACACAGAAAAAGGAAAGCCAAAUCAAUGAAAACCACAAAGGAAUGGUAAACUACAGUAAUGGAAAAAGCCAUCUGAGCACCAAAGGACUAAAUAAACCAAUUUCUCAUGUGAAAUCUCCUCCUGGAAGAUUAGGCAAAAAUGUAUCAAGUGCCAUUGAAAAGAUUUCUCAUGGCACUCAAGAUAGUAACCAACCAAGUAUUUUUAAGAAGGGAAGAAACCAGCUGGAUGAUAACACUCAGUCAAAAAGUAUCACAACUGUUUGCACAUCACUGCACGGAGUACAAGGACCAAAGAGGACUCUCCCAGAAAGAAGGCAAAAUGAAUCUUUUCUGCCCAGGAUUCCUCCUGGCAUAAAGGGCAGCACACAAGAUAGCUUCUGUAGGGUUAAACAUGUCCCAGUGCAACAUUUUUACUGCAGUGAAAAAGAACAGUUGGAAAAGAAUCAGGAAGAACAUGUUGCUGAAGCUGGUCCUUGCUCUUCUAAAUGGCAAGAAGCAUCUGUAGAUGAAAUGUUUCUUGAUUUUGAAUCAGUACAAAUUAUUAAAGAUGAUGCUGAAGAUGAUAGUGCCAGUGAUCUCUCUGAUUCAGAAAGGAUUGCCAUUCCCCCAUCUCCCUGCACACCCCCAGAACUCAUUCUCAGAGCUGAAGAAAUCGAUCCAGUUUGUUUGGAACAUGUUCCUGAGACGGGUUUUAAAGAAUCAGAAUAUUACUACCCAGACUUCCUCCCACCCCCUUUCAACUCAUGGGACUUGAAGCAACUGGCCAUCUUUGUUAAUGUAGAGGGUAAAACUGAAUUUCGACCAAAGCCAACAGGAUUUCUUGAGAAAUACAUUGAUCGUCUUUUGCAGCUGGAAUGGCUGCAAAUGCAGACUGUGCAGAAUGAGAAAGGAAGGGCAGCCAAAGCCAGACCACAAACUGCUCCCGGCUCCAUCCGUACCCUAAAAAGCCCUGGCAAAGGCAAAGCAUUGCUCAGCCCUUUGCCUAACAAGCAAGCGCUUCCCCAAGAAAGUGUUGCAAAGCUGCCCAGAAGCUAUUCAGGUCACAGGGGAGAUUCAUUCUGUGAAGAAAGUCGCCAGUUAUAUUCUCAUCCAGGUCACUUGAAACUUUCUGAGAGAACGGGAUGUGCAAUGUCUUCUCAGAGACAAUCUGGUGAAGUAAGGAGUGAACUGAGGAAAAAAACAGCUGCAAAGCAACAGCUUCUCAAUAUGCAGCCCUCUGACAACAGUUCUAAAAUUCAAAGUGUUGGUAAUAUCAGACCCCCUAAGCAAACCCCAGUAUUUCAUGGUUCAGCUGCUCCCAUCAAAGGCUUGAAAACAUACACGUGUACAAAUCCAAAGAAAAAUGGCAAUGUCAACAACUAUGUUCCUUCUAAAAAACCAACAGGGGACAGGAAAAUAAAACCAAAUGGCACGAAGGAAACAUCACACAAAUUUAAAUGAAGAAAACUUCAUUAGUAAAUGUUGAUGCUUCUUGACUGCUAGAAAGCAUUUGGCCAAUGCAGAAGGGUCGUGUUUUCCUUAUAGGAAGGUCAGCACUGUUCAUUUCAAUACAUUUGAUCUUAAGCCAGCAAGGCCAGCAGGAAAUCUUUUCCCUGAAGGCAAGUGUCUUCCAUUGGUCUUUCCUCAAAAUUUACAAUUGUUCAAUGAAGACAACAGUAGCAGACUAUGAAAGUUUAGAGAAGUUUAGAGAAGUAUAUAACAUGUCCUCCUAUUUGCACCAGUUGAAGUCUGUGGUGUUUCUUAUGCUUACCUUGGUGUAUUUAAGAGAAUAGGGUCCAUGAUCUUUUUCUUAACAGAUACACUAUUUUGUGAGCCAGGUUCGAGGGUGAUGUUUUCUGGUGGAAAAGGGCUUGACUGUUUUUAUAAAACAACGGAGCAUGUUUAUCUAUGCAAAGUCAAACUCUGAUUCUUCACAGAAGAUGAUGAAUUGGAUUUUUUGGAUGAUUUUUCUUGAUAAGAAGAAUGGAAAUAAUGUUUUGAAAUAUUUUAGUGUAGAAAGGAUUCUUUUUAAGACAAAAAUUUAUUAGGGGGCAGACAGCUUUAGUAGUGACAGAUUAAGAAAAUGGAAUGUGUAUUUUUAUACCCAGAAAUCUUCACUGUGUUUACAGACAGCUUUCCUUGAAGUUCAUUUUGUAAGCCUUGAUGCUGUUUGUCAUUUAGAGGAAAUGACCAAAUUUUGAAUUGCACAUGGAUAUAUAUGAAUAAUGCAAAAUAAGGGUAUUACUAGAGACUCUGUGGCCUAAUUUGCAGAACUGGUAGCCUCUCAAAAUAUAAAAAAUAGACUUUUAGCGGGUAAAUUUAAAGGCUAUUGUAAGUUCAAGUAAAGAUAUAUUUUGAUACAAAAGAUACCUGUUUGUAGUCACCCAAGAUGACUAUUAUUUAUCCCAUGGUCCAGUCUAUGUCAGUUAGUUUGGUUUCUUGUUUCAAGGUUUAGUGAAGUUACUUGGGGAAAUACCCUACAGAAAGAAAUUGUACAACCAGGAUUGAGUCCUGUCCUUGCACCCUCUGUUUUCUCUUCUGUCUGUGAGAUACAAGAGAAUAUGGAGGAUAGUUCAGUUCAUCUGUUACAGUUUCAAAACAAUCACAGCAUCUGGGGACACAGUCUUGUUGAAGAUGAAAUUCUAGAAGAUGUUCUGUACUUUCAUUUUAAAAUUAAAUACUGAGCAGCAUUAAGUUCAUCCUCAGCCCCAGUCACAGUGAACUGUUGAGAAGUGGGCUGAGGUCUGAUGGACCAGAUUUUACAUGUGGAUCCUUCACAUUGUGAUAGAAAAUGAAAAAGUAGCAAAUACUAAAGAGUACAUUAUGUAUAUAGUUAAAUUGCACUUCUCUUGUUGAUCUCAUCUUGGUUUUAAGACGCUUAGCUGUUUCUAUCCUUUCAUUGUGCCUACCAGAUCUUCAGCUUUGUAAAAUUUCAAAGCAUGGAUUUAUAUGUAGUUUAAAAUGUGAGAAUAUUAAUAAAUGUAGUAAUAAACUAGAGUAUUUUACAGUACAUAAAAAUAUUGCUCAGGAAUAGUCUAAGAAAUAUUUUUAGUGGGUUUUUUUUCCUAGUUUACUGGAGACCAAAUGUGAAAUUUGAAAUUCAUAAAGGAAACAAAUGUAAUAUACAGUAUUAUAUUUCCAUAUUCAAUAUUUGUGAAGUUACAGUUAAGAUUAAUUGUAGUUGCAUGUACAUUCAGCUCUAUGCAAUAAAAGUGAAACUUAAUCUGACAUGCUCAAAGAUCAAAUAAAUUGGCUGUGUCAGAGGUGUGGUAAAAUUUAGAAGGUGGCAUUCAACACCAGCAACUGCAGAGGACCAGCACAUUCUAUUGUUGCUAUUUCAUCCUUUUAUUUUGUUCCAGGCUCAUCAUGUAUUUCAGCUUUUCGUAGAUGGGUUCUUGCAUCCAGUGCUAGAAUUCCAAGCUCUGGCCAAAUUCUGCAAGCCUUCAUUAGUCAAGUUUUCCUGAUUGACAUUAAUAGCAGUGAAAUUCAGUAGGACUGCUCUUGCCAGUAAGCGCUGCUUUAGUGCACGAUUUAGCACACUGUUACAAGCACCAGAAGCAAGGUGAGCAGGAUCAAGUCAAUAACCAGAAUAGCAGGUUUUUAAACAAAUUCUGUCAGAUGCAGUAAUUAAUUUAGCGUGUUAUUAUAGCACUGAGUAUUAGCAUAUGCUUAAUUUUCCUCUGAAAUGUUACUCUAUAUUAAUGCUUUCCUAGUUUAUAAGGAUGGCGUGUAGAUACAGGCAUAUUUUGCAAGGUCGCUUUUUAGAAAAUAAAUAAAUAGUGUGUCUGUCAGCUUUGACCAGAGCAAAGGUGACUGACACUGAGAGAAGUUUUUUCUCACAGACCUAGGAAAGUUUUGUUUUAAUGUAGUGCUUGUGAUCUGAUGGGCAUCAGUUGUUGGAGACUAAAAUGUUAGACAGGGGAAGAUGGUGAUGCUACUUAAAAUGAGUUUGAGUACUUGUUCAUCAUUAAGCUCUGGCUGUGAUCUGGUCAAAUAGUUUGUCCCACAUGGUAAUCGCACAAGUCUAAUUUUUGUUCAUUGAUUUUAUUUCUUACACAGUUUUCUUUGUUCAUAUACAGAAAUAGAAAUUCUGUGUUUGCUUCAACAAACAGCUCUUGAUGUGAGCAGACCUGCAAGGUUGGAUUUUAUCCUGCAGCACUUCUGCUUCCAUUUUAACUUGACUAUGUGCUGGGCCUAUAGAUAAAAAGAGCUCCUUUUAUGAGGAGGACUGUGGUUUAUGUUUCCUUCACUUUGUAUUGAUGGGUAUUGUCUUUAGAAGCACUUCUGAAUAUAGCAGAAACAGUUAUUCCAUCAAAUUCAUUCACUUUGGAAUGAAAAUACUUCCACAACAAAGUGUUUGUGUGGCUAUAUUUUUUUUCACUAGGUUUCGCAGUGUAUAUGUGUCUAAGCCUAGCAUUGAUGAGGCUUCUUGAAGAACAGGUUUACUGUGAUGUGAGAUAUUUAAAGAGUGAUUAUUUUUUUUCUAGAUAAUUUAAAGGUUUAAUGUUCUGCAGAACUACCUACAGAACAAAUAUGCUCAGGUUCCAUUUUGAAUAAACAGCCAGAUUCUACUUCAGUUAUACUAGUAUAAGCUUUGAACAAUUCUGGUUUUUUCAAUGAAAUUACCCUGUUACAAAGAUGUGAAGAAACAGAAUUUUACUCCAGUAUAUAUGAACUGUUUUCCUUAGUAAUGCUAAAGUGUAAUUUUAAUGUAUAACAUGAAGAAUUUUUUUAAAAUACUGUUUUUCUCUUGACAUAUUUCUUUUUUCUCCAUUACUACCAUCUUUGCAGUGAAAUACAGUGGUCAGUUAACAUUUUACCUCCCCUGUACCUUUCAGUUCUGAAGUUUCUGCACAAUGCCUGCAGAUCCUCACCCUGUUAGCAGGGCAGGUACCAAGCUUCUGCAGUCCCUCAGAAGUUAUGCUGCAAAGAGGGGUUAUCAUUGUGUGAGCAGCGUGUACCGUUCCGGGAAGAGGGGCUUCACAGCUUCCUCACAUGGAGGAGCCUUGCAAGGAAGACUCAAAUCAAUCCCCACAUCAUGGGGCGGACGCUUGUUAAGGCUGAUAAGCCGGACUGUAAUUUUCUUUCCAAAUAAGAGGUCAUGUUUGCUGGUACGAAGUCAAGGUCAUGGGAUGAUAGUACUUCUUACAGAGGCAAAAAGGCUCAGCAGUACUUGUUUUGAGAAAGUUGAGUUUAGAGCAAGUGGAUUGCCAGAAGUAGGGAGCUCUCACCUCCCACUGGUGCCACUCCCCCAGGAUGCUGAAUGUAAAUCCCAGCCCUGCUGUCCAUGUUGCCCCCAGUGCCCCUCUGAUUUUUGCUGCCGGCCCAUGCCCAGCAGGCUAGCAGAGUGGUGUAGUGCUGCACAGGAUGGCCAUGCUUAUUUCACUGGACUAAACUGUCUUGUUUGACUCCAGACUGCUUAAUUAUGCUGUAAUCCCAUUAUUGCUUGUGUCCUGUCUGUGUUUCAUUUAUUGUUUGAGGUAACUUUUAUGUUGUAUUUGCUAUUUAAAGGAUCUUGUUAGGAGUUUGGGAGUAUUUUGGCAGUUUUUUCAGUCAGUAGGUGAUAUUCUUUUUGGAGCUGAUAUUAUAGUUGAAAUUCCUACAUUAUAAAAUUAGCUAUAAUGUACUACUUUUUGCCUUAUUUUAAAGGUAUUGAGCAUUUGUUGCUUCCAUUGGCAUUAGUGGGUUUACUUCUGAAAAAUAAUUAAACGGACCACUCUAUCUGGAAAGACUGGAACUCUACUACCUGAGAAUUUGCAGCCCAGCUUUUGAUGUUGGUAAUCAUGUCUUGUUAUUUAUUUGAACAUUUUGUGGAUAUUUUUGCUAUUAAUUUCAUUGGAAAGUGAUCUUGUAAUUCAAAGUUACUGUAUAUUUACUAUAUUAAAAGUGAGAUAC